AUGGGUUGUGAGGUUUCCAAGUUAUGUGCAUUUUGUUGUGUUUCAGAGCCAGAAGGAUCUAAUCAUGGAGUUACAGGCUUAGAUGAUGAUAGGAGAGGUGAAGGAAAUGAUUUGCCUCAGUUUCGUGAAUUUUCGAUUGAGACUUUAAGGAACGCUACUUCAGGAUUUGCUGCAGAGAAUAUAGUUUCAGAACAUGGUGAAAAAGCUCCAAAUGUUGUGUAUAAAGGGAAAUUGGAUAAUCAAAGACGUAUUGCUGUUAAAAGGUUUAAUAGGAAAGCUUGGCCUGACUCUCGUCAGUUUCUGGAGGAAGCUAAAGCUGUUGGUCAAUUAAGGAACUAUAGAAUGGCAAAUCUGCUUGGAUGUUGUUAUGAAGGUGAAGAGAGACUUCUUGUUGCUGAGUUUAUGCCCAACGAAACUUUGGCUAAGCAUCUUUUCCACUGGGAGUCGCAACCGAUGAAGUGGGCGAUGCGACUAAGAGUAGCUUUACAUAUUGCUCAAGCUUUAGAAUACUGUACAGGCAAAGGACGUGCACUCUACCAUGACUUAAAUGCUUAUAGAGUUCUUUUUGAUGAUGACUCAAAUCCAAGACUUUCAUGCUUUGGUUUGAUGAAAAAUAGUAGAGAUGGAAAGAGUUAUAGUACCAACCUGGCUUUCACUCCUCCCGAGUAUCUUAGAACAGGUCGCGUAACACCAGAAAGUGUGAUGUACAGUUAUGGAACUCUGUUGCUUGAUCUUCUUAGUGGAAAACACAUUCCUCCAAGCCAUGCACUGGACCUCAUACGGGACAGGAACAUUCAGAUGUUGAUUGAUUCAUGCUUGGAGGGUCAAUUUACAAGUGAUGAUGGGACUGAACUAAUACGGUUAGCUUCUAGAUGCUUGCAGUAUGAGCCUCGAGAACGGCCUAACCCAAAAUCUCUAGUCACUGCAAUGAUUCCUCUUCAGAAGGAUCUUGAGACUCCUUCUCAUCAACUGAUGGGUAUACCAAGCAGUGCCUCAACAACGCCUCUUUCACCACUCGGAGAAGCAUGCCUUAGAACAGAUCUAACUGCCAUACAUGAGAUUGUUGAAAAACUUGGAUAUAAAGAUGAUGAGGGGGCAGCCACAGAGCUUUCGUUCCAGAUGUGGACCAACCAGAUGCAGGACUCGCUAAAUUUCAAGAAAAAGGGUGAUGUUGCGUUCCGGCAUAAAGACUUUGCAAAUGCUGCUGAAUGCUAUUCUCAGUUUAUCGAGGGUGGGACAAUGGUUUCCCCAACUGUUUAUGCAAGGAGAAGUCUGUGUUACCUAAUGAAUGAGAUGCCCCAAGAGGCGCUGAAUGAUGCAAUGCAAGCCCAAGUGAUAUCUCCUGCUUGGCAUAUCGCGUCUUAUCUUCAAGCUGUAGCUCUCUCUGCUCUAGGACAAGAGAACGAAGCUCACGCUGCUCUAAAAGACGGAUCAAUGCUCGAAAGCAAAAGGAAUGCACUAUAA